GAGGCGGCGGAGAAGGAGGAGGAGGCGGUGACAAAAGAGAAAGGCAGCCUGGAGGGAGGGAGCGCCGAUCUACAAACUAGCACAGCAAUUUCUCCACCGUCCUCUAGCACCCACGAAGCGGCGGCAGUGGCAGUUUCUAGAAAUAUAGAGCUAGAAAUAUAAAAUCACCCCGCUCUUGCACCAUGGCUUUCCAAAGUAGGCUCCCUUCUUGGAUUAUUUUGUGCUCCGUCUGGCUGUUCCACUUUGCACACACGGGGGAGGCACAGGCUGCAAAAGAAGUAAUAUUGCUGGACUCUAAAGCACAACAGACAGAGUUGGAAUGGAUUUCCUCUCCUCCCAAUGGGUGGGAAGAAAUUAGUGGACUGGAUGAAAACUACACUCCUAUACGAACAUACCAGGUAUGCCAGGUGAUGGAAUCAAACCAAAACAACUGGCUUCGGACUAACUGGAUUGCAAAAAGCAAUGCACAAAGGAUUUUUGUAGAACUGAAAUUCACUCUGAGGGAUUGUAACAGUCUUCCUGGAGUUCUGGGGACAUGUAAAGAAACUUUUAACUUGUAUUAUUAUGAAACAGACUACGACACUGGCAGGAAUAUCCGAGAAAACCAAUAUGUAAAAAUAGACACUAUUGCAGCAGAUGAAAGUUUUACCCAGGGUGAUCUUGGGGAGAGAAAAAUGAAACUUAACACAGAGGUGAGAGAAAUUGGACCUUUGUCCAAAAAAGGAUUCUAUCUUGCAUUUCAGGAUGUAGGGGCCUGCAUUGCUUUGGUCUCUGUCAAAGUCUACUACAAGAAGUGCUGGUCCAUCAUUGAGAACUUAGCUAUUUUUCCUGAUACAGUGACUGGCUCAGAGUUUUCCUCUUUAGUAGAAGUGCGAGGAACUUGUGUCAGCAGCGCGGAGGAGGAGGCGGAGAACUCGCCGAAGAUGCACUGUAGCGCGGAGGGAGAAUGGUUAGUGCCUAUUGGAAAAUGUAUCUGCAAAGCAGGAUACCAGCAGAAAGGAGACACGUGUGAACCUUGUGGCCGUGGGUUCUACAAAUCCUCCUCACAAGAUCUGCAGUGCUCCCGCUGCCCUACCCACAGCUUCUCUGACAAGGAAGGAUCCUCAAGAUGCGACUGUGAAGAUAGCUAUUAUAGAGCACCUUCUGAUCCACCAUAUGUCGCAUGCACAAGACCUCCAUCUGCACCACAGAACCUAAUUUUCAAUAUCAACCAGACUACCGUGAGUUUGGAGUGGAGUCCUCCUGCUGACAAUGGGGGAAGAAGUGAUGUGACCUACCGCAUUUUGUGCAAGAGGUGCAGCUGGGAGCAGGGCGAGUGUGUUCCCUGUGGGAGUAACAUUGGAUAUAUGCCUCAGCAAACUGGAUUAGUAGAUAACUAUGUCACUGUCAUGGACCUGCUAGCUCAUGCUAACUACACGUUUGAAGUUGAAGCUGUGAAUGGGGUUUCUGACUUGAGUCGUUCCCAGAGGCUUUUUGCAGCUGUCAGUAUUACCACCGGCCAGGCAGCUCCUUCGCAAGUUAGCGGAGUAAUGAAAGAAAGAGUGCUGCAGAGGAGCGUGGAGCUUUCCUGGCAGGAACCAGAACAUCCCAAUGGAGUCAUUACUGAAUAUGAAAUCAAGUAUUAUGAGAAAGAUCAAAGGGAGAGGACCUAUUCAACAGUGAAAACCAAAUCCACUUCAGCUUCUAUUAAUAACCUAAAGCCAGGAACAGUGUAUGUUUUCCAGAUUCGUGCUUUUACUGCUGCUGGUUAUGGAAAUUACAGCCCUAGACUGGAUGUUGCCACACUGGAAGAAGCCACAGCCACAGCUGUUUCCAGUGAACAGAAUCCUGUUAUUAUCAUAGCUGUGGUUGCUGUGGCAGGAACCAUCAUUCUGGUCUUCAUGGUGUUUGGUUUCAUCAUCGGACGAAGGCAUUGUGGCUAUAGCAAAGCAGAUCAAGAAGGGGAUGAAGAACUUUACUUUCAUUUUAAAUUUCCAGGCACCAAAACCUACAUUGACCCUGAAACCUACGAGGACCCAAAUAGAGCUGUCCAUCAAUUCGCCAAGGAGCUAGAUGCCUCUUGUAUUAAAAUUGAGCGUGUGAUUGGCGCAGGAGAGUUUGGUGAAGUGUGCAGUGGGCGUCUAAAGCUUCCUGGCAAGAGAGACGUUGCAGUAGCCAUAAAAACUCUGAAAGUUGGCUACACUGAAAAGCAAAGGAGAGAUUUCCUGUGUGAAGCAAGCAUCAUGGGACAGUUUGACCAUCCCAACGUUGUUCACUUAGAAGGGGUCGUUACCAGAGGGAAACCAGUCAUGAUUGUAAUAGAAUACAUGGAGAAUGGGGCCUUAGAUGCAUUUCUUAGGAAACAUGAUGGGCAAUUUACAGUCAUUCAGCUAGUGGGAAUGUUGAGAGGAAUUGCUGCUGGAAUGAGAUAUUUGGCCGAUAUGGGAUAUGUACACAGGGAUCUUGCAGCACGCAAUAUUCUUGUCAACAGCAAUCUUGUUUGUAAAGUAUCAGACUUUGGCCUUUCCAGAGUUAUAGAAGAUGAUCCAGAGGCUGUCUACACUACAACCGGUGGAAAAAUUCCAGUGAGAUGGACGGCUCCAGAGGCCAUUCAGUACCGCAAAUUUACAUCAGCCAGUGAUGUGUGGAGUUAUGGAAUAGUUAUGUGGGAAGUAAUGUCUUAUGGAGAACGGCCUUACUGGGACAUGUCAAAUCAAGAUGUUAUAAAAGCAAUCGAAGAAGGCUAUCGUUUGCCAGCACCCAUGGAUUGCCCAGCAGGACUGCACCAGCUGAUGCUAGAUUGUUGGCAGAAGGAACGUGGCGAAAGGCCAAAGUUUGAGCAGAUAGUUGGUAUUCUGGACAAAAUGAUUAGAAAUCCAAACAGCUUGAAAACCCCACUGGGAACCUGUAGCAGACCAAUUAGCCCUCUUCUGGACCAGAACACUCCCGAUUUUACCACUUUCUGCUCCGUAGGCGAAUGGUUACAAGCUAUUAAGAUGGAAAGAUAUAAGGAUAAUUUCACAGCAGCAGGCUACAACUCUCUUGAAUCAGUUGCCAGGAUGACUAUUGAAAUCAAAAACAUGCCAGGUGCUUUGCAAAACAGAGAACAAGAAAAAUCCCUUUCCAGAAGAGAUGACAGCCUGAAUAGAAAUGACAUAAUGGCAGGAGACAAAGGAAGCAGAAAGGGGAAGCAAAACAAGAGUUAUAACCAUAAGAUCAUGAGAUUGGUUUGGAGGCACAGUGAACGCUAUGAGGCAUUUUUUUAAAGCGCAUAAGGACUGUAGUUGGGAUUAGAGAAUGGAAAUGUAGAAAAGAAGCAUGGAAAGGAAUGGAGAAGAAGGGAGGAACAGACUGGCAACAGAAGGAAGAGUAAACAGAGGUGUAUGGGAGAGGCCAGAACACACACCUGACAAACUGAGGAUUAUGACUAAUGACAAGAAGGAAAGACCACAUCUGAAGAGCAUGAUGAUUUCAGGAGGAUGGUGAAGCAGGACAUGGCGAUGCUGCUAGGGAGAGAAGAGCCAGCAAAGCUGCCCUGGAAGCCUGCCCUGGAAGCUCCUCAUGCUAACAUAACCCUGCUUCCCCAUCUUCUUUCUAGCUCCCCUCUUAUACACAAAAUAUGUAUAUAGAAGAGCAAAGGAGAAGGAGAAGCAGCUAAAUAAAUCCUUUCCAAAGAUCCUGCUGGGGAAGAAGUUUAAGCUGGGAUGAUACAGAUUUGCUCCUACUGAUGCUGCUCGUGAUAGCAAGAGGCAGAGAGCAUUCAUUCUGUUAGCCAUUCUCAUGCAGCCAAAUCAAUGGGAGUCUUUGCCUCUGCUUACUAAUAGGCCUUGUUGAGAAAUAAUCAGCAAAAUUAUAAUACUUCAGCCAGUCCAGGACAUUUUAAAAUGUCCUUUUAUUCUAGGACAGAAAGAAGCAGAAAUUAUAACAUUCACAGAGAAGUGGAAACAGGGAAGAAAAAUACUUGAGCAGUUUGUUUUUAAAGCUGAAAAUAAUCAUUUCACUUUCACAGAAAAAUAUAAGGCUAAUUUUGCUUAUUGUAAAAGAAGUACAUUUUAUAACUCUUCGUGAAAAUUUCUGGUACAUCUGGGAAUUAUUUUAAUUAUGUAGGACUGGUUGUUCUAUUUUCUUUUUUUUUUCUAGAAAAUUGUUGUUUCUAGAAGGGAACUGGGAAAUUGCCAUGUUCAGUCUGUCAGACAUUUUAAAAUACUCUGAUUUCCAAAAUAAGAAUUCUUCAGGAGUAAGAAAGCUGCAAUGUGGCCAGUCUAAUCCCUUCCUCACUUCCUUCUCCUCUGCUUUGGUGAUCAGACAUGUCUAAUUAUUAGUCUGCAAAGAGCAAAACCAGUUUCUGUGUCUCCCUGAGAAAAGGCAUUUUGCCAACUGUUUGAAAAAUUUUUAACUGGAUCUGCUUACAGGAAGUCACUCUUUUUGCUGCAGAUUAUUUCUCCACUUAAAUCGUCCUCAAACCUCUUCCAUUUUGCCUGGAAAAGUUUAUCAGAAAGCACACUGGAAAGGCUCAGAUCUUUCUGUCUCCAGUGAAACUGUUUUGGAACAUAGUUAUAGCUUAGCCGAUGUACUGGUAUGACAGUUGAGAGACUACUGCUGUUAAUGGAGUACUCUAUUACCUUGGCAUAUAUAGACACUUUUCACUUGAUACUUCUGACUGCAAAGUAUUGAUGUUUAGGGUAUUAUAGGUACUUGUGUAUUAUAUUUUUUCUUAUAAGUUUUAGAGGACAGCACUGGAUAAAUUCUUCUUCUUCUUCUUCUUCAGGGUAACACAGCUUUGCAUGAGUCAUUCAUCUUGAGUGUACACUAGAGUGAUAUGAAGUUGGUUGUUGUGACACCUUAUCAAUAUAACUCCCAUUUUUAGUCUCUUUAGCAGUGGAAUGAUAUAAGUAUUGCCUAGUAGAGACAAUGGCCUCAUUUAAGAAUAUCUUGAUGACUCUGGAUAGGAUUCAAAUAAUUUGUCUGAGUGCGGAGGAGACAAGUGUAAGUCAUAACUGAAAUAUUACCAAAAAUCCUUAACUGGUUGGGUUGUCCAUCAUUUGCUUGAAGAUUUUGGUAAAUGGUGGUUUACUGGAUUCUCAAAUGGCAGCAAUGGUCAAGCACUUUUUUAAAAAUUGUUUUCAAUUUGAACUUUGUUUAAGUUAAUUAAACUCUUCUCAUCUCAGGGUACCAUUUUAGCAUUUAGUAGAGGUUUACAAGACCUUCUCUGUCAGUGUAGAAACCUCAGCUACUAAAGAACAUACCAGGUAUAGAGUCAACACAAUCUCAGCAGUGCUUCAAGAAUCAGGCCCACUUCAGUAAUUUCUCUCCACUGUUAUUAAAAUAAUACUGGAUUUAAAUCAUAUAGCCAUGAUGUCAACUUUACAAAAAUCUGCUCUGUCUAGAUUAUUUUUCAAUCAAAUGUAGCUCAAAGUUUUAUAGCAACUGACAUAUCAUUAAAAAAAUGAGAUUGCAAAGUAAUGUCAUAGUACCUCCCCAUAAUACAGAAUUUUUUUAUAUAUAAUUUUUACAUAUUUGAAAGAACACCAUUAACUCAGUUGCAUACACCUUUUUGCAAUAAUAGACUCAGCAUAAAGCAAUAUCAAAACACAGUUAAUGUUUCUACUAAUUUUAUUUAGCCAAGAUACAGAUUUUGCAUAAUUUUGCCAGUGGUAUGAUAGCAGAUCUGGAGGUUAUGUAUACCUAUCUUUUGGCUCUGAGAGAGAAUUCAGCUGUGUGGCACCUUCCCACCCUCUGCUACCAAAAAAAAAAACAAAAAACAAAACAAAACAAAAAAAUUCAAUUAAGAAAUGUAGCAUAACCUCUGAAAACUGCAGUCUGACCUACCUUCUGAGUUCAGACCGGAUGCAUGAUUUGGGAAGGAAUUUAAUACCAGCUACCUCAGUAGCCUCAUGGGAAGCGGUUGAAAAAGAGAAAAAGAGAGUAUUAUAAUGUAUCCUGAGAAUAGAGGGCAGCAUGGUUAUUUUGCCUAUAUUUUUUCUUUUAAUCUUGCCUAUGCUUUAACUCACAAUCCUUCCCUAUUGUUGUCUGUCAGCUUUUUCGAGAAGACACUUGGUUUUGUGUAGCUACACCGACUCAAGUCCACAUAACUCUAUGUAUCUGGCAGGUGUUUGACUUGGUAGGGGUACAGUUCUGUUGGACUGUGAGGCCUCCACUGUCCCCUGCAGAUUAGGGACACCUUCAGCUGUUGAAUUCCAGACAUCUUCAGGGCUCUAUAUCCAAUAUGUACAGUUCAAAUGCUUCCUAAAUCAGGGGAGUGCACUAUGACGAAUAGUUUGAAUUUGUCCUAUAUCCUGUGAAUUUACUUACUGCUUCUGUCAAUCUUUCUCUCUCUGUCUUGCCCUUCUUUCUCCUGAAGUAGAGUGGCCAGGGCUGCAUGAAUUAUUCAACAUAAGAGUGUAUGAUGUAUUUAUACAGUGAUAUAGCGAUACAGUGUAUUUAUAGAUAUGUUUUCUAUUUUGUUUACAGUUUCUUUCCUAAUCAUCCAAAUAUCCUGUUUCACAUUUUUACUUGACACUGAGUGCUUGACUUGAUGUUUUCAGAGAGAUGUCUAAUAUAAUUCCUUAUUUUUUUCUUCUCAAGCAAUAGUUAAUUUGUAGUCUCUGCCUGUGUAUGUAUAGUUAGAUUUAUUUUCCCCUUGUUCAGUUCUUUCUAUUUUAUCAAAUUUCAUCCCCCCUUCAUCGCUGAGAGCAUUCAAAAUUGUGAAAUAAUUUUCCAGUUCUUUACAGGCAGCCUCUGAUUUAACUUUUAAAACCAUUUUGUAUCAAUUUCACAUCUGAGAGUUCUUAGAUAUCACAUUUCCCUUUACUACUAAUAAAAGUACUUUUGCUUAAA